AUGAUAUCCCACGCCCGCCUCACUCGCCAGCAGGGCUUUGUGGACGACGAGGGCACUUUGUUGGUGCGCGGCAAGGCGGAGCCUCCCUUCCCCGCGCUGUGGUCUCGGGGACCCCUCUACAAGCCCCACAGGGGUUGGGAGUACAUUCCCGAGCGGGCUGCCAGGGCCCUCGAGGAGGUUUCUUCGUCCUGCACUGUUGCUGCUGCUGCUGCCGCAGCAGCAGCAGCGGCCGACGGCAGUGACACCCACAGACACGCCGCUCUGCACGACGCCCAUCCCCCCCAGCAGCAGGGCAGCAACGCAGCUGCUGCUGCUGCUCCGGCCAACGCACAAACCGCGCCCACACCCGCAGCAGCAACAGCACCGGGCACCCAUUUCAAGGCCCCCACUGCAAGCCUCCUCUCCUACGUCGAGCCCAUCGUUCCCGCCCUGCAACCUGCGCUGGGCGCAGACUGCGUUGCUCUCUUUGUCCACUGUUUGUUUCACCUGAGUGAGUUCCGGCGUCAAAUCUUCAGCUGGGGCUCGGAGAAGAUUUGCUACCCCUCGGUGGAGGCGCUGGCUGCAGACCCUUCGCUUGCUGCUGCUAUUCCCCCCUUUACAGACGGGACCCUCAUAGGCGCGCUGCAGCACACUUUUGCCUACAUGCAGCUGUGGCCGCUAGCGGUGGCUUGCCGCAGGUUCCAGCAGCUGACGGCGGGGGGCUGUUCGGCGGCUGCCGCUGCCGCUGCAGCAGCAGCAGCAGCAGCAGCAGGUGUAUCCUCCGAGGUCUGCCCGUCCGAAGUGUGGCGCUGGUACGGCGCUGAGCUCUUCCCCAAGAGCGCAGCAGCGACAAGAAGAGAGGGGCCAGUAGCGCUCAGCCGAAAAAAUAGGUUUUGCUACUUCUGUCAGCGGUGCUUCUGCUGCUGCAGAUGCACUCAUGCUGCUGCAGCGGCGGCGGCCGCCGGGGGGCCGCCUUUGCUGCUGCGGUCAGCUGCAGUAAACUCCCCGGCGUCACAGGGCGCACCAGGGGUAGGAGCAGCAGUGCCCAGCUGCAGCACCUGCAACGGCUGCAGCACCUGCACUAGCUGCACAGGCUGCAGCGGCUGCAGUGGCUGCAGUAGCUGCAGCAACUGUAGCAGCUGCAGCAGCACCGCAGCAGCAGAUCUUAGGAGGCCCCUCUGCGUUCACCAAGGCGAGGGAUUUGGUGCUGCUAGCGCUGACUGCUUCGACGGGGGCGGCGGGCGUAUGGAUAGAAACGCGUGUCUUUGCUGCGACCUCAUAGACAGACACCCCGAGGUGAUGGCCACUCUGCCGCCGCCGCCGACGACGCGCUGCAUUUUGCGGGCUUUGCACCUCCACGAUCUGCAGAAGCUGGAAAGUCCUGACCCUCUUGUGCGCGUUCACACGGAGCUAUUUUCCCUUUUGAUGCGGGAAAUAGCCAAGACCAGCCUGGAGGAGCGAGGGGCUCAGCAGCAACAGCUGCUGCAGCAGCAGCUCCAGCAGCAGCUGCUCCUGCAGCAGGACACGGAGUCCGAGUCUCAAGCUGCGGCUACCCGCACGAACCCAAGCAGCAGCAGCAGCAACAGCAUUUGGGACAACGAGAGCGGCCACUACAGCUCCUGCGAUCACUUGGAAGCGACUUGCCACGAGCUCUUCUGCUCCUCAGACAGAUCCGUCGGGCUCAUGGCACCGGCGUCGGUGAGGGCGCAGCAACAGCAACAAGGCGUGGUGGGCCCUGCGUUUGCGCUUAGGGACGGAACCCCGGAUAUCUCCGCGGGCUUCACGCGCUGCAAGCACGUGCAUUCUUUGCCAAAGGCCCUUGAGAGUUGUGGUCGCCCGCUGCACCACUACCCCGAGGUCUUGUUUGUAUAUCUGCAGGCCCCCAAACAGUCAAAAAAGGGGGAGCUGUUUGACGCGCCGCUGCGCCUCGAUGCGCAGGGGCUGCUGCAGUUGCGGGCGGCGAACGCCCCGCAGCCGCCGGCGGCAGCGGGUGGGGGUACAGCGGCGCCUGCUGCAGUAGCAGCAGCUGCGGCUGCGGCAACGGGCGUGGGGCAGAACGGUGGAGGGAUACAGGCAGCAGGAGGUGGCGGUGCUGCUGCGGCUGCUGUUGCUGCGCCGCUCUCCCGGUUGAGGCAGAAGAAGCGGCUGCGGCAGAGGCUGCAGCUGUCCCGGCGGCUGUACAGGGGUGCCCCUGAAGCUGAUCGCGACAGCGAUUUUUCAGAGACAGAUGUGUCCGACGAGGACAAGACGGGAGCAGGGGCGGCAGCAGCAGCAGACGGACCGGGCUGCACGCCGCCCGCAGCAGCAGCAGCAGCAACGGGGGCGACAAGCGGAGCAGCAGCCGGGAACACGCCCACGGGUUUGGCCGCUGCGACGCCAGCGCCCGUGGCUGCUGCUGCGGCUGGUGGCGGCGGCGGCGUGGGGCCCUCGGCGGCAACGAGCAGCAGCAGCAGCAGCAGCAAGGGGGCUGUGGCCCCUCUUUCGGCGUCGUCGGAAAAGUGGUAUUCUUUGUUCGCGUUGUUCAUCAAGGAGGGAGACAGCAAGGGGGACGUGGGGGGCUCCGUGGCCAGCCACUCGCUGCUGCUGCGGCCCGAAGAAGACGGGCCUUGGUUCCGCAUAGCUGAGGGCCGCGUGGAGCGGCUCUCCGCCCGCGUGGAGUUCACUGAGUGGAAGUGCCACAGGGACUUCUUCUGUGGAGGCGCCAUUUACAUAGCGGAGGACUACAUUGACUCGCUGCAGGCAGGCGACGUGCAGGUUGCUGGCGACGUCAAGGAACUCAACCCCUGGCUUUACUACAGAGUUCUUUACGAGUUAGGCGUCACUGAGGCCGAGAUCAGGCGCCCCUGGAUCCUGCAGAAGCCGCAGCAGCAGCAGCAGCAACAGGCUCCAACCGCCACGACCCAGGACCCCAGGCCAGCUACCGCGGGCGCCCCUGCAGCAGCAGCGCCCGCAGCGCCAUCGACAACUGCCGCUGAAAGCCAGCAUGGAGAAGCUGCAGAGGCAGCAGCAGCUGCAGACGUGGAACGGUCCAAGCCCCACACGCAAACGGGAGAGGUACCUGAAACAGCAGCAGCGGGUAGCCCCGCUGCACGAGCAGCAGCUGCAGCAGCAGCAGCAGCAGCAGCAGGUUCAACGGAAGAAGAGGCAGAGGAAGCGAUCAAAGAAACCUGCGAAGCACUCACGUCAGCCCCUGCAGCUCUGGAGCUCCCAGCUGGCGCCGUGGCGUCAGAUGCUCCUGCGGCAGCAGCAGCAGCAGCAACAGCUGCAACGACAGCAGCAGCGGCAGCACCAGCUGCAGCAGCAAGUGACGACCUGUCAGCCCUCACUACAGAGGCGCGGCUUAGUGUCAUUCGACCUCUUGCCAUGUGGCUGAUGGAGGUUGUGCAGGACAAGGCCAGACUAGCAGCAGCCAUAGCCUUAGCAGCAGAACACCAGGAGCAGCAUCCGCAGCAGCAGCAGCAGGAGCAACAACUGGAGCAGGGGCAGGAGCAGCAGUACCAGAAGGAACUGGGCGAUGGCGAAGGCGCUGAACCACAGCCCGACGCACAGCAGCAGCAGCAGCAGCAGCACGAUCUGGAUAAAGAGAGCAAGGCAGCAGCAAUAAGGGAUAUGUGCCGUAUUGAAGAAGAGGAGUUGCUGGUGCUGCAGGAGCUUCGUUACGCCAUGGCGGGGCUGCUGCUGGACGAGUUCAUAGAUCGGUACUGCCCGCAGCCAUCGGCUACUGCAGCAGCAGCGGCUGCGGCGACAUCAGCAGCAGCCACCGACGCCGCAGUAGCGUCAGUGCUCAGCUCCGCGCCCGCAGCAGCAGCAGCAGCAGCUGCAGCCGCAGCAGCAGGCACAGCCACCACCACAGGGAAGGGGGCCUCCGUGUCGUGGGCCGCGUCGUCCCCUCAGUGCUUCAGCCUGCUUAACCCUGAAGGCAAACUGCUGGUGACAGAUGCUGCUGCAGUUUUGGAGGCCCCGAUCUGUCGUUUGGUGGAGACAAUUUGCUCUUUGCUUAAGGAGGCGGCUCUCUACCUGCAGGCCAUGCACCUGAAGGCAGCACGGAUACGCAGGCAGCAGCAGCAGCAGCUGCUGCUGCAGACGGCUGCAGCAACUGCCGCGACGGCGGUGGCAGGGGCAGGAAGGGCGUCUGAGGCUCAGCGUCCAGCAGCUUUGCUCCCCGAGAAGGGCGAAAGUGCCGCUGCUGCUGCUGCUGCAGACUUGGCAGCAGCAGCAGGCGGGGGCGACAGCAUGAUAGAGCUGCUAGAGCUGGAGCAAAUGGGACCCUCGUCACCGGCGCACCAGGCGGUGCUGUCGCGGCUCUAUGAUUUAUGGCAUUGCUGCUGCUGCUGCGGGGCAGACGCAGUAGCAGCUUUUGCGAGCCCUCAGGCGCCGCCGCCUGCGCCUAGCACGUUGCCCUUCUCUUUGGCGUUCAGCGCCGCUGCGGCGGCCGCAGCAGCAGCAGCAGAAGCUGCAGCAGCGUCCGCAGGGUCUGUCAGCUGCGUGCCUUCCCCCGCGCCGUCGUCACCCAGCUCCGCUGCUGCCGCCGCUGCAGCAGCAGCAGCAGCAGCAGCAGUGUCUAGUGGCAAGCUGCGGGCCACACAACUAAUGCUGGCAAUGGCCUACUCGCGGGAGGCCCCGCAACCCGUCUCUGUCUCUUUGUCUUCUCCGCUGUCGGGGCUCGACAGCACUCUUGACUGCAUGGCCAAGCUGCGCAUGCACUUGGGGCCCCUCCCUUCUUUAGGCGCAAUGCGUGCGGCGCUACACCGCCGCAGAGUCCCCACGGCUCAUUUGCGGAGGCCCCAGGAGGUUGUCUUCUUUUAUUACCAUAUUUUCGCCGGCAGCAGCAGCAGCAGCAAACAGGUUUUCAAGGAUAUGCAGCAGCAGCACCCCCACAUGCACCCGGGACUUAUCCAACCCCUCAGAGAGGCCAAAACCCCCGCAAGCAGCAGCAGAAGCAGCAGCAGCAAGCGCUGCAUCUGCGGUGGCCUUAGCUCAGACCUGCGGCUUACGCUGCCUGCGGCCGUCAGCGAAGCACUGACUACGGCGCUGGCCGUGGGGCUUACUUGCAAGCAGACGGGGAGGCAGGCGGAAGAGGCGGAGGCCAUAAGAGAGGCUCUUGCUGCUGACGCUUUGCGCAUCACUGCGGCGCUGCAGCACGACGCCCGCAGACUGUGUGCUGCAGCAGCGGCAGCAGCAGCUGGAGAAACGCCCUGCUGCUGCGGCGGCCAGGCCGAGCCAACUGACGCAGAGACGGCAACUGCAGCGGCAGACGGUGCAGAAGACAUCAGCAGCGGGGACGCCGUUGCUGUCUUUGACCCAGCAACCUCGUCAGCGGCGUCCGGUGCAGCGGCAGCAGCAGCAGGAACAACAGUAACAACGGGAGGCGGCGGAACAGCAGCAGCACGCAGGCGCAAAGCAGCACGGGGCGCAAGCCCGUCCAGCAGCUUGUCUGUUUCUUUGUCUCCCCUCCUGGACGCGCUGCUGCCUCGUGUGAUGUUCACGCAGGCCGCAGCAGCAACGGCAGACCCCCGCGUCUUCUUGCUGUCUGUGCACUCUGCUGCAGUGCCUCACAAAGCAGCAGCAGCAAAGGAAUAUGGAGCGCGGUUGCGGCCGUCGGACGCUGCUGAGGGCCUGUGCAAGCGCGCUGUUGCUGUUGCUGCUGCUAUCACGAACCCAUUUGCUGCUCCUGACAUUAGCCGCGGUGGCCUGCGCUUUGGCUGCCAUGGGGUGGACGGGUUCAGCAGCAGCAGCAGCAGCAGUAGCACUAGCAGUACCGGGGGCUCGUCUCUGGGCGCGUUCGGGUCUGCAGGCGGCGUGCUGCCAUUUGCUGCUGCAGCGAGCUGCCGCGGCGCCGCAGUGGCAGCAGCAGCAGCAGCAGCAAGUCUGGAGGCGGAGCUGAUGGAAAUAGGAGUCAUUGUUGCAGCAGACCUGGCCGGCCUUGAGGGCUUCUCCACAGAAGACAUUUUGCUGCCGAAGCAGCGGCUGAUCGUAAGAAAAAGAGAUGGGGCGGGAGCCCCUCUGACGGUGCGGCGGCUGCACUGCGCGUUGCGGCGAGUGAUCCUUUCCCAGCUGGCUGCGGGCGCAGCAAGCGACAGCAGCAGCAGCAGCAGCAGCAGCAGCCGGGGCCUCGAGGACAUGUGGGGCUUUGUGUCCCCGCUGCAGGGCGACAGCAGCAGCGGCCUCAUAGACGUUGACUCCUCGCUAUGUUACAAAGCCUCGCCUCUAGACGCUUUCAUUUUGUAUGCCCUGCGGCCCGAUCACGACCCCACAAGGAGAGGUCGCCGCCGCUUCGUUUUUAUGGAGGCAAAUGACUUAGUGGAGAACUAUGUGGACGCGAAGCGGCUGCUGUUGGACGCUGCAGCGCCGGACGUGACGGUGCUGCUGAUGGGGGCGCCGGCCCGCUGUUACAGCAGCAGCAGCAGCAGCAGCAGCGGGGAGCUGUUCCCGCUGGAGGACGUCUCGGAGCAGCCACUGCUGCUCUACAAAUGGUUCUGCCCAGACACGGUGACACUGGUUUGCCUAGGCGCGCUGGUCUGCGACGCAAAACAGCAGCUGCAGCAGUACGUGCUGCGCUGGGUGCUGCCGCGGGUGGGGGCCAGCGGGUUAAUAGCCGAUCAGCAGCAGCAGCAGUUCGCAGCGGACCCCGAAGCGCUGCUGGUCAUGGAGGAGUGCAGUGUACGUACAGUGCAGAACAUCCGUCGCUGGGCCUGCGCCAUCAGGAAAAUCAACAAAAAGACAGGAGACAUCAUUAUAGUGCAGCCACGGGUUUAUGUAGAGUCCCCGGCCUCUCUGCGUCACAGAGAGGCAGCAGCACUUCUUGAAAAAGUCUACUCAAUGGAGGGCGUGAACGAGCGGGAACUGGACGGGCUCGCGGCGGCGCUGCCGCCGCUUGCUGCAUCUGCUGCUGCUGCAGCAGGAGCAGCAGCGGCAGACGCAACAGCAGGGAAGACAGGUGACAGUCUGCUGCUUGGCCUUGGCGCGGACGGCUGGGCAGCGUCAGUUGGCGCAGGGCUGCUUGCGGGUGCAGGGAGUCGUGCUGCUGCUGCUGCUGAGGCAGCAGAGGAGGACGGAGCAGCAGCAAAAAAGAAAAAGAAAAAAGCAAAGAAACAAACUCUGAGGCAGUCAAUCCCCACUAACAGAAAGAGCACCAUAGCCAAGCUUGCCGAGGACAGCAGACGGGCGGAGAAAGAGGAUGGGGACAAGCAUGAGGAGGUGCCCAUCGUUAGUUUGGCGGCUGCAGCGGCGGCCGCAGCGGCGGCAGCAGCAGCAGCAGCAGGUGUUGCUGCCGCGGCUGCUGCAGAGGCGCAGCAACAGACUGCGGACGUUGAAACCGAGGCCGCGCUGCCAGCAGCGACAGCAGCGCAAACGGCAGCAGCAGGUGGUCCGGCAGCAAAGGGGAAGGCAGCGGCAGCGGCAGCAGCAAAAGCGGCGGCAAUGCCUAAAGCAGCAGCGGCACCUAAGGCAACAGCAGCCAGUGCAACAAUAGCGGACCCCCACUCCAGCCGCGGCAAGAAGCAGCAGCAACAGCAACAGCAACAGCAAGCCACGGCAGAAGGACGUAACAGAGCGAAAGAGACGCCAAAAGGCGCUGCUGCUGUGGGAGCAAUGAAGCCUUAUGAGAAAAAGCAAGCGGCAGCAGCAGCUGCUGCUGCGGGAAUCCCGCAGCAGCAGCUGCGAGUCCCAACAGCAAAAGCAGACGAUGACGCAGGUACCGAUGGUAGAAAAGCCAGAGACAGGGCACUGCAGCAGCAGCAGCAGCAGCAGAAGCGUGGUGCAGCCGCUGCAGCGACGCCUGAGGCUAUCUGUCUCCCAGCAGCAGAUAAGCCAUCUGCUGCCGCAGCUGCUGCCUCCCCGCAGGCGGAGCCAGCCGCCGCAGCAGAAGCGAAGAGAGGCACGGCAACAGUAACAGCACAGAAAACUCGUGCCGCAGAUGCACAGAGACGUGGCGUAUCUUCGGUAGCUGGCUCUCCGACGGCAGCUGCGGCAGCUGCAGAAGCAGCAGCAGCAACAGCCGCUGCGUCACCAGCAGCAGCAGCGUCUCCGGGUAGUUCACGGUCUCCAUUGGGCCUGAGAACAGGUCGCGGCGUCGCACAGAAGCAGCAACACCCAGAUUCACCAGCAGCAGCGACAGCCGCAGCAGCAGGUGGAGACUGGUCUCCCUCACUGCCACUAUCGCCUGGUUCUUCCGCCGCCGCAGCAGCAACAGCAGCGGAGCUGCCCUAUGCAUAUUUGCUGCAGCCGCGGAGCCUAAACACGCUGCGACAGUUGUCAGUGGCAAGGGACAUAGAAGAGGAGACCCUGCGGUCUCUUGCAGCUGAGGUGAUCGACUCUGUCUUGACUCACAUCAGCGGGGAAGCAGCUGCAGAAGCAGCAACAGCAGCAACAGCUGCAGCGCCAUGGCUGGAGGCUUGUCGAGGUUCUCCUGCGGCAGCAGCGGCAGCAGCAGCUAAGCGCGGCUCCUCCGCAGCUUCCCCCGCAGCAGCGCCCGCAGCAGCAGCAGCAGCAGCAGCAGCAGCAGCAGCAAGCAGCAGUGUGCGCACUUCUCACGACAGCCCGCUAGCCCGAGACGUGCUGCUGCAGGCAGCAGAGCUGCUGGACCGCAUGAGCGCCACCAGCCUCUGCAGCCAGCAGCGGCCCCUGUUUGCAAAGCAGCUGCAGGUGCACCUUGAGGAGGCGCUGCUACAGGCUUUCGACUGUAGCAGCGCUGCAGCCCAAGGCGCAGCAGUAGCUCCAGCAGCAACUCCGACGACCGGGGCGCGCAGCAGUUAUAGCGGCAUUGCGGCCCCCGGGAGCAGCAAACACGCGGCCAGCAGCAGCCCCAGCAGCAGCAGCAGCAGCAACAGCCUCGAGGGUCUGAGUGCUGCUGAUCUGCGCUUCCUUGCCUUCCAGAGGCUGCUGACCCCCCGCAGCUUGGCUGCGUGUGAGCUGUUCGCAGUGCUCGCUAUCGGGCGGAGCGGCCUCAUUGUCUCGCGCAAGUUGCUGGCAACCCACUGCCACAAUUUUUUAGACCGAACAGGAAUAGCAGCAGUCAGCAGCAGCAGCAGCGGGGCUAGCAGCAGCGCUGCGUCCGGCAGCAGCAGCAGCUCUGCGCCGAGCAGCAGCUCCAGCUCCACCGCCACUGCAUCUCCAUCCAGCAGCAGCAGCAGCAACAACAGCAGCUUGAAGGUUGCCCUAGUGGCAAGCAUGUGGUUCGCGCUGGGCCCCCGCCACUUGUGCCGGCUGGGGGAGUCGCAGCAGGGGCGCCGCUUUGUGGACUCGGUUUCUCGGCGGUUGAGCGACUACAGCUUGCUGUUGCUUCCUAGCAACCCGAACCAGAGCAGCAGCUACCCCUGCGUGUUGCCCCUGCUUCAGCAGGGCAGCAGCUUCUUCUCCCCCCGCGUAGCAGCAGCAGGAGGGGUGGAGGCUCUCGUGGCCUGGGCGGUGGCGGUGCUGCUGAGAUGGCUGCAGUCUGUUAAGGGCACGCAGCUACCCAUAGUUAGGGCCCCUGCGUUGUCUGCUGCUGUAGCUGCUCUCGCGAUGCCUUCAGCUUUCCUGAACGCCCACGCCCUCAGCGCACAGGCUGCUCAGCCAGCAGCAGCAGAAGCUGCUGCAGCAGCAGCCGCUGCAGCAGGGUCCCCGGCUCUGUCCAGCAUGCCUGAGGAGGCAGCAGCCGACGCCGAUGCUGCAGUAGCAGGAUCAGCAGCAGCAGCGCCGGCGUGGUCUCACGUAGCUGAGGGUCGACCUACUGCGUCUCACCGCGGGGCAGCAUGGGGCUCUUCGUCCCCACCUCCAGCAGCUUCUAGCACUGCAGCAGACGGGUCUCCCUGCCGUUCCACUGCAGCAGCAGCAGCAACAGGCGGGCGCCGCGGUGCGUGCAGCAGCAGCGACAGCUGCUCCCUAGCAGACUGGGCAGGGGAACGGGGGGACUCCGAAGAAGAAGACGAAGAGCUCUAUGCGGACUCGUCGCCACCGCCAUUUCACCGGCUGAGUGCUGAGCCUACACUGCCGAGCGGCGGCGGCGGAGGCGGGAGCGGUUUACUGCGGAGCCUCAGCAGCAGCAGCAGCAGCAGCCGCCGGGUCUACAAGAAGAGUGCGCCCUACAUCCUUGCUGAGGGGGCCAGCUGGAUGGUCCUCUAUAAGCCCGCCUUCUGGCACUGCUCUGGCCUCGGCAAAACUCGCAACAUAAAUCUGCCUAAGGUCGCGGCGCCCCAGGAGAUCGAAGACGCCCUUUCCCACAUCACCACUGAAGACCUCGUCAGCAGCGGCAGGGUUGAGAGCUUCCACCUCUACCUCAUGAAAAAAUACCCUCGUUUGGAAACAGUGCGCCGCUGGGAGGAGAUGGAGUGCGGCCUUUGCCACCGCACCGACCUGGAGACGUCGGGCUCGCUGCUUAUUGCCAAGACUCGAAGGGCUCGCGAUUUCAUAUUUGAACAAUUCAGGCGCCGCCUAGUGCACAAAGAGUAUCUGCUGCUGUGCCACGGCAGGCUGAGCAGAGCCUACGGCAAAAUAGACCAUCCCAUUGCCACAAGGGACUUCGACAGCUGCCGCUCCAAGAGCCACUACUCUGAGGUCGUUGGACCGGACGAAGGCGGGGAGGAGGCGCUGACGGAGUACAGACUGCUGAAGAUCUUCAAGCUAAAGAAGCCCGUGGACCCUAAAGUUGCGGCUGCCAUUGCUGCUGCAGCAAGACUGCACGCGGCAACGACCGGCAGCAGCAGCUGUUCAAGCAGCAGCAAGAAUGCGGGAGCGACGGCGCAGCAAAGGGGCAGCAGCGGCAAAAGCGGGAAUAGCAGCAGCAGCAAGGACUUCAGUUACACCCAAGAGUUCAGCUUUUGUAGAGUCAAGAUACACACGGGGAGGACUCACCAGAUCCGGGUGCACUUCCAGCACCUGGGCCACCCGCUGGUGGGAGACGGCAAGUACUGCGACCAGGGCAAAACAAUAAUUGACCGCGUCUGGUGCGGUCGUUUGUUCCUGCACUCCAACUUGCUGGUGUUCACCUCUCCAGACGCAGCAGACCCGAAGCCCGUCACGGCCACCUCGCCGCUUGCCCCGGAGCUGCAGGCCGCGCUUGACAACGACCUGGUUUGUGUCGAGGACUUUACGGGAGGCAAAGAGAAAGAAGAAAAACGAGAAGGGUCGCCUGACUUCACCACCUCUCUUGACUGGCACUUCCCCUCGCCCAACACCCGCCCUGCUGCUGUUGCUGGGAAGGAUGGCACAGCCGCACCACAGAUGGCAGCUUCGGGAGCUGCAGCAGCUGCUGCCCCGCCCACAGGGUCGCCCGUAGCGCGCAGUGCACCUGCUGCCGGCGGGGGCACAUUUGCGGCUGUGGCUGCUUCUGCUGCCGCAGCGGACUCAGCAGCGGCAGCAGCAAGAGGUGCUGCGCAGGCAGCCAAACGGGCAGGUGACUCUUCCCCUUCAGCAGCAGCAGCAAAAGGCGGCUCUCCAGCACUCGUACCAACAGCGGCACAACGCCCAGAUGAGGCUGCGGCUGCAGCAGCGCCAGCAGCUGCAGCAACAGGGGUAGCAGCAGGCUGCGAUGCUUCUCCUUCCCAUAGGCAACGUUCAGCUGCAGGAGAGUCCACCGAAGCAACAGCAGCAACAGCAGCAGCUGGUGCAGGGCACCCGCAGUCUGCAGCGGACAAGGUCUCUCACAAACCCCAGCAGCAGCGAGAGCAGCAGCAGCAGCGAGAGCAGCAGCAGCAGCAGCAAGAGCAACAGCAGCAAGUGCAGCAGCAGCAAGAACAGCUGGAAUACGGGACGCGCUGCGUCUUUGGAUUCCCGGAGGCUUCUCGUGGCAGUUUGCGGUCAUCCCCUUUGCGGUUCACGGAGACAGCAGCAGCAGCAGCAUUGGCAACGGGAGCAACAACGGCAGCAGCAACGGCAGCAGAUCCACACAGCGCAGCAGGGCUGGGACGGUCUUGGGGCUUCAGAGCCUUCGCGUCCCAGCUGCUGUCGUGUCUGCAGCAGAACUCGAACGACACACCCAGUCCUGGUGUGGUUGCUGCUCUUGAAGCCUGGCCCCUCCACGGAGCGUCUCCUUUCCACCGUCGCGAGUCUCUGGAUUUCUGUCUUGCUGCGACGCAGCAGCAGCAGCAGCAGCAGCAGCAGAAUUUAGGGCUGCUCCUCAGCACCACGAGGCGCUGCAUUUACCGGCUGUUUCAUGUCUGCGGCUCGCGCACUAGCAGAAGCGGCAGAUGCAGCAGCAGCAGCAGCAGCGACAGUGAUGCCAACAACGGUGACGCCACUAGCAGCAGCAGCAGCUACGUAGGUCCGUUGCGUCUUUCGUUUAGCAAGGCCUCCGGUCGCCUGAGACUCCCGGCCUCUAUACGGCUGCAGGCUGAAGCGGCUGCCGCUGCAACAGCAGCAGCGGCGGGGCUGCCAGCUGCUGCAGCAGCAGCCGCAGCAGCUGCAGCAGCAGAACUAAACGCAGGCACCCUGGCGAUGCCUACCCCGCCUCGUGGCUGGCGGCAGCUGCUUCAGGUGGCAGCAGCAGCACUCUCUGGCGACGUGCUAUACUGCAGCAAGCCGCAGGGGAGAUCUGUCGAUCUGCUGCUGCUGCCUGCUGCUGUGGAGGAGUUACAGCAGCAACAGCAGCAGCAGCAGCACCAUGGCCUCCCGCCGCGCACAGCAGCAGCGGCUGCUGCUGCUCUUGGGCAGCUGUGGUCUUGCCUUAGUCAGCUGCUUGACUCAGGCUGCGGAUGGCGCUGCUUAGCGCGGGCCGUCCCUAAUGUGCCUACGGCUGUUGCUGCUGCUGUGUCAGCGGCAGCGGCACCAGCACCAGCUUCACUCUCAGGUGCGCCCCGUCGCAGCCAGAUGCGUCACCCUUCCCGGCAGCCUUGCAGGUAUGUGCCUUCUCUGCUUCCGGCUGCUGCGACGAGGCUGCUCGCUCCGCAGAUGCAACCGCAACAGCAACAGCAACAACAACAAAUGCUGUACGUGCAGCAGCAGCAGCUCCUGAUGCAGCUGUAUGGAGAUCGUGGUGUCCCGGAUGCGCGGGAAGAAAGCAGGUUCGUGCUUCAGCAACAGCAGCAGCAGAAGCAGCAGCAGCAGCUGGGCUACCUACCACGCAUGCAACAGCAGCAGCAGGGGAGGCCGCUACGCAUGCCGUCUGUAGAUUCAGCAUCUCAGCAGCAGCCGCAACCGAUGCAAGGAGAGCCAGAGCAGCUACAACAGCUUCAGCAGCAGCAGCAACACCUGCAGCAGCAGCAACUGCAGCAGCAACAGCAGCAGCAGCAGCAACAGCAACUGCAGCAGCAGCCAAUGCGGCCCCCAGUGUACGCCUACGCGCGUCAGGCGAGCCCAGCUAGCCGGCGGUCUUGGUCUGCUAGCCUGUGGGGCAACGCGGACACUCCAGUGCAACGUGCGGAGCAGCCACAGCUACCACAGGCGUCACAGUUUAUGUUUUUGUUCGACUCUGAAAGCUGCGAGCCAGCAGCAGCUGCAGCGAACAACGAGGUGAGGGAGGAAGACCUCCGCGGCUUCCUCGACCUUUCCUUCUUGGCGGCGAGCACCCCAGUGGUAUGCAGCAGCAACUCCCAACAGCAGCAACAGCAGCACCAUGCAACAGCAGACCUAUCGCCUGUACCCCCGCACGAACCGCAGCAUCAGCAGAGACGACAGUCGCCCACGCGCAGACCCACCCCCCAGCAGCAGCAGCAGCAGCAGCAGGUCCUACGCCUUACAGAUAGAGCGGCAGCAGCUGAGGCUCUUCAGCAGCAGCAGCAACACGGCGGCGUUUUGAACAGUCCCAUAAGAUUGCCACCUUUGCGGCAGCAGUCCGAAGUUGAAAACGAACUGCAGCAGCAGCAGCAGCAGCAGCAGCAGCAGCAGCAGCAGCAGCAGGGUACCCACAUCAACGGCAAGUGGUGUCUAUGCAUGGAGGUUCCGCCGCCGCCGUCGGUCCCCGUUCCUUCUCCUCACUUGCUGCUGCUGCAUCAACAGCAGCGCCAAGCAGCUGCGCUAGCGGAGCAGCAGCAAACGCAGCCGCCGCACCCCCACCACCCGCAGCAGCAGCAGCAAGGCAUCCAUCCCCAUCUCGGGAGUUAUGGUGUAUCUCUCCCGUAUUCCUCCUCUAACUGCUUCAGCAGCUGUGGCGAUGUUAUUUCUGGUGUUUCCGUUGGGCCUUCAGCGGCUGCUGCUGCAGCAGCAGCUGCUGCUGCUCAGCUGUACCCUCAUAUGAGCGGGCCGCUGCCCGCGGCGCUCCAUGCAGCGGAGGGGGAGGCUCUCAGACCUUCAGCUAGCAGCAAUCCCGCAGCGGCAGGUGCUGCUGCAGCAGCUGCUGCGGCCACAGCCUAUACACAGACGCUGCAGGGAGCCCCCAGCAGCAGCACUAGCAACAGCAGACUGGCGCAGAUGUACGUUGAGCAGCACAAACCAGCCUCCGUUGCUUCCCGCGGCGCUUCCGGUGCCGACUCUGCGCUUAGCAGCAGCAGCAGCAGCAGCAGCAGCAGCAGCAGCAGGAAUUUAGCAGCAAAUCCUCUCAUAGGGGCAGCAGCGUAUGACAGCGACCCCUUAGGGGAUCCGCAGCACGCAGCUGCUGCCCGGCCUUGGAGCAGCGCACGUACAAACCAGCCGCCCUAUGGCAGGCAGCAGUAG